AUUUAACAAAUAAUCAAUAUAAAAGCUGCGUUGGUCCAUUAACUCCCAAGUAUUUGCAGCUAAAUAAAACCAGUAGCUCGUUUUGAAGAGAAAACGAAUGACAAUCCAAAGGGAACAUUCGAGACACAUAGAGCUGACCUUGGAUCUGAUUUCUACUCAUCUCCUUACUCUCUCUCUACUGGAACUGGUGGUCUCAAUCAGAUCCCAGGUCGGUGUUCUCAGCGCGCUUCCAGUCGGUGGCCACCACGUGUCUCUCUCCGGCCUGCCAGCGGAUCAUGUGGAGCAGCAACAUGGCGGCGCGGUGGAGGGGGGAAGACGGGAAUUUAAAUGCCGGCCACAGUGACUUUCUGGCCAGCAACGCUGCCAAUGAGAAGUUGUGAUCCGCAUCACAUCACUAUUUUCUGAUGUUAUAGACCAAAUGAUAAAUUAAUUGGUCCUGAGUAGACAUGACAUGGAAGGCGUGGAGAUGGACACACAGUCCUGCAUGGAUCACUCAAUCCUGGCCAUUUUUGAAGACUCCACUGUCGCAUCAGAGGAUAAGAGUGGAGUGGAGGAAGAGAGGGAGACCCUGCUGUCUGCCCUGACCGAGAUGCUGGACAGCGUGGAGGAUGACGACGGGACUCCCUUUGACACCCUGCCAGACACCAAGCUCCUCACCCACCCAGAACGCAGGGACAACUCAGCGGAACUGUCUCUUGCUGACAGACUUAGACCACGAUCCAAAUCACCAAAUGUAACAUUCACAAUAAAGAUUGAUAAAGGAAAGGAAGAUGAGGGCAAAAUGGAGAGAAACAGCCACCUGUUCAAACAACAAAGUCAAACAGUGUUUCACUCUAAGAAUAAGAAAGCAGAGGCCGAAGUCGAGAUCUUCACCUCAACUUCUCUCGUCAACCUGGUGAAGCUCAUGCACCCCUACUGCCUGAAGCUGCAUGUGGAAGAGGAGGGGGAUAAACUGAGGAACAAUCGCACAUUAUUCUCUCAGGAAGAGGUGUGGAAGUACGAGAGACCCAGUGAAGAGAGCGAUGAAGAGAUAAAUGUUGUGUCUGAUGAUGAGGUAACUAUGAAAGACACAAAGGAGGAAGAAGAGGGAGCUGAAAAGAGAGAUAAUAACAACCUCUUAAAGAGUAUGUUGCUGAACGGAAACUCAUCCAGAACUCCACCAUCCAGAGAGAAGAAAAGGGUGAGCUUUGGCUCGGUUCAAGUGGUUUCAUUUGAUGAAUCUGUAGAAAAGGGCCCGAAUGAGAAAAAUCUAACAAGUGGAACUGUGUCAGUUCCACUGAACUGCACCAAAGCACUUGGAAAUCCUGCUGGCUCAGCGCUCGAGCCCCAAACAACGUCCUCAGAAAUGAACAGUAACCAGGCGGAGGUUCUGCCACUUAAAAGUGAGACGAAGGCCAAAUCACUCAGCCUCCAACAGUACAGACAGCUGCGCCAAAAGAGACGGCCCCUGGUGGAGAAACAGGGGAACUACACCACCAAGUGGCCCAGUGUUUCUGAGCCCCCGAAGGAGCUGACCCCCAUCCUCUGUUCACAGGGACAAAGACAAAACAGCGGUGAACACAGGGCCGCACACCAUUAUCCGGACGAUGGAAGAAGUGGUGCUGAUCAGCCCCAUAGAUCUCAAAGUCCUGCUCACAAGACCCAUUGCAUCUCUGCUCUGCCCGGGCCUCGCCCCCUAGAGGCCAAACCAUCCGCUUGUCUACGUCGCAGCGGAUCAAAGCGCCCACGGACUGAAUCCAAAACCGUCUCACCUGCCAGUCUGCAGCCAGCCGUCACAGCCCAUCCAAAUGUUACUGUGCCUGAAAGCAAAAAAAGUCCAGUAAAGAAACCAACACUGCUCAGUAGUGACCCCCCAAAUCCUGUCCUCCUCCCCCUGCCAGUUAGCCGCACAACAUCACCAACCACUGGCCACUCCUCUUCAGAGUCCAAAGUGGAGUUUCUCAACAGAGACUCAGACCUUGACAGCACCAGGCACUUUCCAGGAAUCCCAAAUGGAUCCUCAGGCACAUCUCUUCAAAGACAGUCCUCCGCCUCAGGGCCAAAGCCCGAGGUGCUGUUAGCAAACCAGGGCUACACCACCCUGUUUCAGGAAAUCAAAAACAAGCUUACUGAGAUAGCUUCAGGUGUCUCCUCCAGACCUCCAGCACUGUGCCCAACCUCAACACAAUUCAAAUCUUCCUCAGAGUGUAAGAAACUACAGCCUCAAAGACGCAGCCCGAACCGGACCAAAGAAGCCGAGCUGGAACCAAAGACUCCUCCGUCACCAAGUCCAGAUGCAGCGAGGUGUCCUUCCCUCGCCCCAUACUCAGGUCGGCCGUCUGCUCCCUCACCAGUGAAGGAGACGUUGUCAGAGGUUCACCCCAGUGUUUUGCCUUCGAAGGAACCACGGCCCGCUCUUCCGUUUGGCUGUGACGUGCAGAGUGCAAAAGCUGACUCAGGAAUCGAAGCGCCUGAUCUGACCAGCCUGCUGGAACAGUUUGAGGAAACACAAGCUAAAGAGGGGACGGUGUGCGAGAACGAGCCGGAGCCCAAACCUGCUACUUCACCCUCGAACUUACACGCGGAUGGACACGUGGACACGGACGGAGCUCAAGGAACACAAAGCAUCUCUGUGGAAGCACUUGCACAUUUAAGCUCUCCAGGAUCACUUGGGUCUCCAAAAACCCUCAGGAAUUCACCACAUCUUCAAAUGUCAGAGGGUGUGGACAUCCCGGAGCCCCUCGGCACUGAAAUCGUCCUCAGCACUCAACUGGAUUUGCCAGCAAGACGCAAAAAUCCUCCACCCAAGGCCAUUCAGAUAAUCGACCCCCGCCCUCUACCGUCCAAGAAGACGCACGCUCACCUGUCAGAGCUCCCUGCUGCUCACACCUCCCCUCACAUUUAUUCAUCUGUGUCCUCCGAUCACGAUUACUGCGGCCCUGUAGACCACUUACUUUCGAGUGCUACUCAGCGUAGCAGAGCCCCUAAACUCAAGGAUGUAUCUAAAACCUCGGAUGAAUUGCAGAUGACCACCCACGACUCAAGUUCUGCUGCUGAAUGCAAAAAACAGACCUCCACCAGUGAGGUUAACACCACCAUCCGAGCUGUGGCUGUGACGCAGCAUCUCUCUGAGCAACCCAGGACCAGAUCAGAGGCAAGCCCGUCAUCAGACAACGUUCUUUCAGACAACGCUGGCACAGAGCAAGAUUGUGGUUGUGCAGCUGAAGACAAGACGGCCCCAUGCAGUCUCCCCACCCCUCCGCCCAGCCCUCCUGCCAGAGGGCGGGAGGAAAGGAGAUAUCGGAGGAGAUCGCCUCGUUCGGACUCCAGCUCCAGCUCUCGUUCCUCGUCGUCGUCAACCUCCUCCAGCUCUGCAUCUCCCUCUCCCAAAAGACAAAAGCACCGUCACAAGCGUUCAGAGAGCAGCUCGUGUUCGUCGUCAUCCCCCUCUCGCUCCAUUUCCCGCUCCCCGACCCGGCGCUACAGGUGGUCCUACUCAAGAUCGAGGUGUAGCAGGUCAAGAUCCAGAUCUUGGUCCCAGUCUAGGUCCCCAUCCAGAUCCCGAUCACCAUCCCCGCGGGUUUGCCGUAGGCAGUGGGGAGACGUUUACAGCAGCAGAGAGUCCAGGAAGCUCAGGAGAGAGCAUGAGAUCAGGAUUCAGAAACUUAAAGCUAUAGAUGAGCGCAGGGUGGUGUAUGUCGGCCGCAUCCGAAAGUCUAUGACGCACGACGAACUUAGGGAACGCUUCUCUCAGUUCGGAGAUGUUGAAUGUGUGUCGCUUCACUUUAGAGAUAGAGGUGACCACUACGGCUUUGUCACAUUCUACAACAUGGAUGAUGCUUUUGCAGCCAUCGAUAACGGCGGCAAACUACGGAAGCCCGAUGAGCUCCCGUUUGACAUCUGCUUUGGUGGAAGAAGACAGUUCUGUAAUUCACACUACGCUGACCUAGAUGCAAACAGAGAUGCAGAGCCGUCUCCUGCCAAGAGCAGGUUUGAGGACCUCGACUUUGAUUUGUUGCUGAAACAGGCCCAGAAAGGACUAAAGAGCUAACAGAGCUGUGUGGGAGGACAAGAACGCCAAGCUUGAUGUGGCAAAGAUAGAACAUUUUUUUCAUGAACCUCAGAGCCUUGUGCUCAAAUUUAUGUAGCAAACUUUUGAAUGUUAGAAGUUUUUUCAUGUUUCGACUCUAAUAUGCAUGCAGUUGAGUUUCUGAUGUGUACAGUUAAUAUGCCCAAAUAUGUAGCACUGUUAAUUUGAUAACAUGUUAUUAGUGGAACCCACUAAAGAUUUUUGUUUCAUUCCAUAACACUGAUGAAGUUUUGUAUAUUUGUAUAUAAAAAUAAAGGCUCUUAAUUGUGUUUCCUGAUGAA